AUGUCUGCACUUACAAGAUCAAGAGAAUCUUGGUACUGUGAAGACAUUUGUCAAGAAACGAGCACAAAGCUUUCCAUUUAUCCAGGAGUUUUUGGUCCUUCCGGUAAAGUGGGCUCAGGUAAUCCUGGGAACUUUGGGAGUUCAGGCAAUUUGGGAAAUUCUGGCUUCGGGAAAGUUGGUAUCUCCGGUUUUGGUAGUGAUGGCAAUUCAUGUUUUGGCAGUGUUGGAAGCUCGGGAUUGGGCAAUUUUGGGAUUUCGGGCUUUGGCAAUGUUGGUAAUUCUGGUUUUGGUAAUGAUGGAAGCUCGGGGUUUGGCAGUUGUGGAAGUUCAUCUUUUGCCAGUUUUGGUUGCGGUUGUUCAGGCUUUGGCAAUGUGGGAAUCUCGGGUUUUGGCAACUCAGGCUUAGGUAAUGUCGGUAAUUCAGGUUUCGGCAACUCGGGCUUAGGUAAUAUCGGUAAUUCAGGUUUUGGCAACUCGGGCUUUGGUAAUGUCGGUAAUUCGGGUUUUGGCAAUGUGGGAAUCUCGGGUUUUGGCAACUCGGGCUUUGGUAUUGUGGGUAAUUCGGGUUUUGGCAACUCGGGUUUUGGUAAUGUCGGUAAUUCAGGUUUUGGCAAUGUGGGAACCUCAGGUUUUGGCAAUUGCGGAAGUUCAUCUUUUGCCAGUUUCGGUUGUGGUUGUUCAGGCUUUGGCAAUGUGGGAAUCUCGGGUUUUGGCAACUCAGGCUUUGGUAAUGUCGGUAAUUCGGGUUUUGGCAAUGUGGGAAUCUCAGGUUUUGGCAACUCGGGCUUUGGUAAUGUCGGUAAUUCGGGUUUUGGCAAUGUGGGAAUCUCGGGUUUUGGCAACUCGGGCUUUGGUAAUGUCGGUAAUUCGGGUUUUGGCAAUGUGGGAAUCUCGGGUUUUGGCAACUCGGGUAUUGGUAAUGUCGGUAAUUCGGGUUUUGGCAAUGUGGGAAUUUCGGGUUUUGGAAAACUUGGAAGCUCGGGUUUGGGUACCUCGAGGAGGUGGCGCGCCUCGGCUCGAUUUGUGUUGCCGGCUAUUGAAGACAAUGUAAUGAACAAGAGCAAGAAAAGUGAAGUGUGGUUGUAA